UUCUCCUUUCAAUAACAAUUUUCAAUCAUUUAGUUUCUUUUUCCAACUUAAAAUAAUUGUGAUUAUGCAGGGAAACUGCCUUUGUGUGACAGAAUCUGAUGUGGAGGUUAUGGGGCCUGCCUAAUUUUGCAGGAUCUCAUUCCCAAAUGGGUCAUGUGUCCUACAUGCCUUUGCACGGGGAUGACAAUGGCAAGCGAGCAUGAUCCUUGAAUUGACCCCUUCGAUUAGAGGUGCAUUGCAUCAUUGUCUCUUGCCAUCAGCUAAAAAAUGAAAAUGUCCUGUUAGUUGCAUCUUCAAGCUGGAUGUAAGCGUUCCUGUACAUAUGGCGUACCUGAAAGAGUCGUGUCUUUGCAUCUCUAAUAUGCACUGAUUAAUGUUACUUAGAUGUCCAAAUCUCAUGCUUACAAUGCUUAGAAGAUUGCUGACAGAAACAUCGUACCUGCCCCGGCUGAUGGCACAAGCUUGCAUGAAUCUUGUCUAUUUGGCUACUGUUCUUGAGUACUUGGCAGCUGAGGUUUUGGAGCUGGCUGGGAAUGCUGCUAGAGACAAUAAGAAGUCCCGCAUCAUUCCAAGGCAUGUUCUUUUGGCUGUCAGAAAUGAUAUGCUUGGGAAAUUGCUUGCUAGUGUGACAAUUUCAAGUGGUGGUGUUUUGCCAAACAUAAACUCUGUUCUCUUGCCUAAGAAGUCUUAAGGAAGCUUCAAAAUCUCCAAAGAAGGAUUGAUUGGGUUGGGAUGAAUGCUUGGGCCCCACAUUGUAAUUCUUAUUUAAUGGAUUUUUUGGGAAUUUCUUCAAAUUUGUAAUUUUGGUUUUGAUGUUGGGAUGGUCUU